AUGGUACAGGAUUUUGUAAAAAUUUUGGAAUUAAGUGGAGGGGAAGCUGGUUUAGAGUAUCCAGAUUACGAAAGAGAUCAAAUGAGGGCUCUCGAUAUGUUGGCAGCCCAUUAUGUUUUGAUGGGAAAUAAGGAAAGAAACAAAGAAAAACGCAAAGAAUGGUUUACACGUGCCACACUUCUUUACACAACAGCCGAUAAAAUAAUUAUGUAUGAUCAGAAUCAUUUACUCGGUCGAGCAUAUUUUUGUCUUCUCGAAGGAAAUAAAGUUGAACAAGCUGAUGCUCAAUUUUCUUUUGUUAUGAAUCAAGCACAAAUGGCCAAUGAUGGAAGAGUAAUUCCAGCAAUGAUGGGAAAAGCUUGUAUUGCCUUCAAUAAAAAAGAAUAUAAAACAGCACUUCAAUAUUAUAAACGUUGUUUACGAUUAAAUCCAAAUGCCCCAGCAGAUGUCCGUGUUGGCAUGGGUUAUUGUUUUGCAAGACUUGGAAGGAUGGAUAAAGCAAGGCUGGCUUUUGAACGAGCAUUACAAUUAGAUUCAAAAAAUGUUCCUUCAAUUGUUGCUUUGGCUGUUCUCGAUUUAAAUAUUGGCACUCCAGAAGGUAUUCGAAGUGGAAUUCAAGCUCUAGGUCUGGCAUAUCAUCAUGAACCAGAAAAUCCUAUGGUUUUGAAUCAUCUAGCAAAUCACUUUUUUUACAAACAGGAUGUUGACAAGACAUUUAAUUUGGCUCAAGUUGCCCACCAAUUGGCUGAUAAUGAUUUGAUGAGGGCCCGUUGUUAUCACAAAAAAUUAGAUUAUCAACACGCUUUUCAAUUUUACUAUCAGGCUACAACUUUAUGUCAUCUUAAAUUCGUUCUUCCUUAUUAUGGCCUUGGUUUAAUUUAUAUACAUCGAGAAGACUACGAAAAUGCAAUUUCUGCAUUUGAGAAAAUUCUAAAAACGGUACCUAAUGACUUGGAUACACUUGCUGUUCUUGGUUCUCUUUAUGUUAAUGUCCAACAUAAAGAUCCGAAGAUAUGUGCUGAACGACGAGAAAAGGCUCGAGAAUAUCUCAAAAAAGUAGUUGAAAGUCAAACAGAUAAACCACCAAUUGAAGCUUUAAUUGAACUUGCACAAUUAUUAGAACAAUUAAAUCCACAAGAAUCAUUACAGCUUUAUUUACGUGUUGCUACUCUUUUAAAAGAAGAAAUUGGUGUUGAUAUUCCUGCAGAAAUUCUUAAUAAUAUUGGUUCUUUACAUUUUAUGUUGAACGAAUUGGAUGAUUCUAAAAAAUAUUUCCAAGAAGCUAGAGAUCAUAUAGUAUCUGAAGGAAUGGAAAAUCUUAAUGAUGAGGCAGCGGCACUUUUAAUUACAAUUAGUUAUAAUCUUGGAAGAGUAAAUGAACAACUUGGUCUGCUUGAUGAAGCUGAGAAGUUGUAUAGAGAUAUAAUUAGACAAAGGCCAAAUUAUAUGGAUUGUAUUCUUCGAUUGGGAUGCUUAAUUCGUGAUAAAGGUGAUUUACAUAAUGCUUCAAUGCUCUUUAAGGAGUCGAUGUCUGUUAAUCCAACACAUCCAGAUCCAUGGACUUUAAUAGGAAAUAUGCAUAUGGCUAAAGAAGAGUGGGGGCCUGGACAAAAAAAAUUUGAACAUAUUCUUAAAUUGACAAAUAAUACGGACGUUUAUAGUUUUGUUGCUCUGGGAAAUAUUUGGUUAGAAAUGCUUUUCUCAUCAAAAACUCGCGAAAAGGAUGCAUUAUAUCGUGAUCGUGCUCUCAGUUACUAUACAAGAGUCAUAAAACUUCGUCCUCACAAUAUUUGGGCUGCUAAUGGUGUUGGAUGUGUACUUGCACAUAAAGGCGCUUUCCUUGAUGCUCGUGAUAUUUUCUCACAAGUUCGCGAAGCCACUGCUGAUUUUCCUGAUGUUUGGAUUAACAUAGCUCAUAUUUAUAUGGAACAAAAGCAGUAUGUCAGUGCUUUACAAAUGUACAAGAAUUGUAUGACAAAAUUUGAUAGAAAUAACGAUAUUCAAUUAAUGGGAUAUAUUGCAAGAGCUUAUUGGAAGGCUGGAAAAAUUAUAGAAUGUAGAGAAUAUAUUGAAAAGAUUUUAAAAGAAGAACCAGAUAAACUUGUUCAUCAAUUUAAUCAUGCAGUUGUUUUACAAAGAAUGGCAACACAAGUAUUAAAAGAUGUUAAAUCUAAUUUGGAAGCAGUUACAAAUGCUGUAGAAGAUUUAAAAGUUGCAGAAAGAACAUUUAAAUCAAUUGCGAGUACACAACCUGAAAUUGUGGCAAAAGCAAAAUAUAUUAGUAGAACAAUUUGUGCAAAUGAGGCACAAUCAUGUACAGAUUUAACUAAACAAGCAAAAGUUUAUUUAGAAAGAGCUCAACAAAAAGAUGAAGAAGAACGCCGUCAAAAAGCUAUUCAAGAAGAGCAAAGACAAAGAAUACUUAAACAGCAACAAGAAGAAGAGAGUCGUAAACGAGAAGAAAAUAUUCAAAAAUUAGAAAAGUUAAAACAGUUGCGAGAAGAAUAUAAAGAUAAAACUAAAGAAAUGUUGAAGCUUAAACAAGUAAUAAUAAUUAAUAUUUUUAAAUAA